CACUUUCGCCCGCGCCGCCUCACGGCCCCGGCCCUCGCUUCACCCCGACGCCCCGGCGUGCGCGUCCUCCCGCCGGCCUGCAGGCCCGGGGCCUCCGCCUGCCAGCCCGCCGCUGCUCUUCGCGGCCCCGGCUCGCGUUCACGCUGUCGCCCGGGCCGGCGCGGCCGCGGGCAACCGCUCCCCCUCCCACACCUACCCCGUCCCCUCCCCGCCUUUUCCGCCCUCGCGUCCCCCUCCCUCGGCCAGCCGCCGCUGCUCCAGAUGAGGUGAUGGCAACGGCCAACUUCGGCAAGAUCCAGAUCGGGAUUUACGUGGAGAUCAAGCGGAGCGAUGGCCGAAUACAUCAAGCAAUGGUAACAUCUUUAAAUGAAGAUAAUGAAAGUGUAACUGUUGAAUGGAUAGAAAAUGGAGAUACAAAAGGCAAAGAGAUUGACCUGGAGAGCAUCUUUUCACUUAACCCUGAUCUUGUACCAGAUGAAGAAAUUGAGCCCAGUCCAGAGACACCCCCACCUCCAGCAUCCUCAGCCAAAGUAAACAAAAUUGUAAAGAAUCGACGGACUGUGGCUUCUAUUAAGAAUGAUCCUCCUCCAAGAGAUAAUAGAGUGGUUGGUUCUGCACGUGCGCGGCCUAGUCAACUUCCUGAACAGUCUUCCUCUGCACAACAGAAUGGUAGUGUUUCAGAUAUAUCUCCAGUUCAAGCUGCAAAAAAGGAAUUUGGACCCCCUUCACGUAGAAAAUCUAAUUGUGUGAAAGAAGUAGAGAAAUUGCAAGAAAAACGGGAAAAAAGGAGACUACAACAGCAAGAACUUAGAGAAAAAAGAGCCCAGGAUGUUGAUGCUACAAACCCAAAUUAUGAAAUUAUGUGUAUGAUCAGAGACUUUAGAGGAAGUUUGGAUUAUAGACCAUUAACAACAGCAGAUCCUAUUGAUGAACAUAGGAUAUGUGUUUGUGUAAGAAAACGACCACUCAAUAAAAAAGAAACUCAAAUGAAAGAUCUUGAUGUAAUCACAAUCCCUAGUAAAGAUGUUGUGAUGGUACAUGAACCAAAACAAAAAGUAGAUUUAACAAGGUACCUAGAAAACCAAACAUUUCGUUUUGAUUAUGCCUUUGAUGACUCUGCUCCUAAUGAAAUGGUUUACAGGUUUACAGCUAGACCACUAGUGGAAACUAUAUUUGAAAGGGGAAUGGCUACAUGCUUUGCUUAUGGGCAGACUGGAAGUGGAAAGACUCAUACAAUGGGAGGUGACUUUUCAGGAAAGAACCAAGACUGUUCUAAAGGAAUUUAUGCAUUAGCAGCUCGAGAUGUUUUUUUAAUGCUAAAGAAGCCAAACUAUAAGAAGUUAGAACUUCAAGUGUAUGCAACCUUUUUUGAAAUUUAUAGUGGUAAGGUUUUUGACUUGCUAAACAGGAAAACAAAAUUAAGAGUGCUCGAAGAUGGAAAACAGCAGGUUCAAGUGGUGGGAUUACAGGAACGGGAGGUCAAAUGUGUUGAAGAUGUACUGAAACUCAUUGACAUAGGCAACAGUUGCAGAACAUCCGGUCAAACAUCUGCAAAUGCACAUUCAUCUCGGAGCCAUGCAGUGUUUCAGAUUAUUCUUAGAAGGAAAGGAAAACUACAUGGCAAAUUUUCUCUCAUCGAUUUGGCUGGAAAUGAAAGAGGAGCUGAUACUUCCAGUGCAGACAGGCAAACUAGGCUUGAAGGUGCUGAAAUUAAUAAAAGCCUUUUAGCACUCAAGGAGUGCAUCAGAGCCUUAGGUAGAAAUAAACCUCAUACUCCUUUCCGAGCAAGUAAACUCACUCAGGUGUUAAGAGAUUCAUUCAUAGGUGAAAACUCUCGUACCUGCAUGAUUGCCACAAUCUCUCCAGGCAUGGCAUCCUGUGAAAAUACUCUCAAUACAUUAAGAUAUGCAAAUAGGGUGAAAGAAUUGACUGUGGAUCCAACCGCCGCUGGUGAUGUCCGUCCAAUAAUGCACCAUCCACCAAAUCAGAUUGAUGAUUUAGAGGCACAGUGGGGUGUGGGGAGUUCCCCUCAGAGGGAUGAUCUAAAACUUCUUUGUGAACAAAAUGAAGAAGAGGUUUCUCCACAGUUGUUUACUUUCCACGAAGCUGUCUCGCAAAUGGUAGAAAUGGAAGAACAAGUUGUAGAAGAUCACAGGGCAGUCUUCCAGGAAUCUAUUCGAUGGUUAGAAGAUGAAAAGGCUCUCCUAGAGAUGACUGAAGAAGUAGACUAUGAUGUAGAUUCAUAUGCUACGCAACUUGAAGCUAUUCUUGAGCAAAAAAUAGACAUUUUAACUGAGCUGCGGGAUAAAGUGAAAUCUUUUCGUGCAGCUCUACAAGAGGAAGAACAGGCCAGCAAGCAAAUCAACCCGAAGAGACCCCGUGCCCUUUAAAUCAGCAUUUGCUGCUAAAAGAUUCCCACCCUCGCUACUGUAACAUACAAUGGUUCAGCUGUAAGGGCCAUUCGAAAGUUUGAAAUUUUAAGUGUCUGUGGGACAUGUCUUGUCCCUUCAACCUGAAUGACAUUUCAGUUUUGUGAAACACUCCUUUGUCUACAGGAUGCUUCUAGUCCAGGAGGCACAGCCGAGGCUUGGGAAUAGUGAAGCAUUUUGUUUCAUUUACCCACAUAGUGAUUUACUUUUGAAGUUCCUUGCCAAUUUUAUUUUCUGUAUGAUGAAGUAAGAUUGUGGACCUGAUCCAGAGGUGAAUAGUAGGGGGAAGCCACAGCAUUUCCUUUUAACUCAGUUCAAUUUUCAUAGCAAGACUGAGCAGUUUUAAAUCCUUUGCGUGCAUGCAUACCUCAUCAGUGAUUGUACAUACCUUGCCCACUUCUAGAAACAGCUGUGCUCACCUCUUCCUGCUUUGUGCCUUGACUAAGGCUACUGACCCUAAAUUUCUGAAGCACAGCCAAGAUAAAUUACAUUCCUUACUUGUCAUUGUAAAUUACCUUUAUUGUGUGUACAUUUUUACUGUAAUUGAGACAUUUUGUGUGUGUGACUAGAUUUGCAGGAUGUGCCAUAUCACUGAAUGGAACUAAAGUCUGUGACAGUGGACAUAGCUGCUGGACCAUUCCACCUUAUAUGUAAAAAAAUCUGGAAUUAUGAUUUUAAAACCAUAUAACAUGUGGUUAUAAUUUUCUUAGCAUUUUCUUUGUAAAGAACUAAAAUAUAAACUAGUUGGUGUAUAAUAAAAAGUAAUGAAAUUCUGAAAAGAGUUUUAUCUUAGGAUAAUACAUAUAUAUGCAGUGUGUGUUCCAGUGUGGUAUUAACAAGACUAAUAGUGCAAUUUGAUCUUUACCAAUACCAUUACUUAAGUUGAAGUGUCCAUUAGCACCCCAAAAUGUACCUUUUAAAUGGUACUGUUAAAGGAAAUUGGCUUCUGAUGCAUGAAUAUGUACAUGUACGUUGAAAGUAGUCCAUAAUAGAACUGUUAGUUUAAGCCAAGUAUAGACAGUACAUAACUCUCUUGAAAAAGAAUUUAAGCUAAGAAAGAGAUGACUUUGCCUUAAAAGGCAGAUCUGACCCAAGCUCCACCCAUUACCUAAUGUAUGAUGUUUCACCAUUAUUUGAUGAGAAUCACUAAAUUCUCACCAAUCAGUUCAUCUAGGGCAUGCUGCUUUUUAAAUAGUGGCACUUAUUUUUACAGAUUGCUAUUCCAAGGAAGAAAACUGGCCACUUUUCAUGUAAAUAUUUUGUUAGAAGAUUUAUAUAUCUCUCUAGGAGUUUUCCCUCAGUUCCCAGGAUAGUGUCUAGGAGUACAUUAACAACAACAAAAAGUCUCCCAAGGGUGUCUUGUUUUGAUUUACUCUAGGGAACUACCAGCUCAUUCAUAUGGGCUAAUGGGAAGCUAUGAAUAGAGUCACAUGAGCCAGAUUCCCUACUUCACUGUCCACAGAACUCAGAAGGUCGCUGUGGGAAAUCCUAACGCCAUGGUGAAAAGCUCCUCUGUAAACUUGAAAUCUAGAGCAAGUGUAGAUUUUCACAGUGUGCUUAUUAUUAAAUCUAUGGAAUGAGUUUUCGAGACAGUUUACUUCAAUACAAUCAAUCACCUUUGUUUUGGAAGGGACUCAGGUUUUCUUGCAGCUGUAAGGUAUGUUCUAUUUGUGUUUAUUUCAAGGAGAAGAGGAAGAAUGGAGAGCUGUUACUAUUGACCUUACAGAGGCUGUUUAAAAAGGUAGUUUCUGAGCCUAACCGAUCUUCAAAGGACAUAAAGAGAUAUGUGAAUUUACUCAUUUUAAAGCACAACAGAUUAGUCUUAAUUUAUUAUUUAAAUUAGAAGGGUACUAUCUAUCUCUGGAAGGUCUCCUCAAUAUGAAAUGUACUGCCUUAUACUAUAAUGGCUUCAUUCUGGUUAGUAUUCAAGGUAUAUUAAAAAUCAGUACCAGAAAAGAUCUUGGUAGUAUAAUCCAUUCCUUCAGUUUUACAGAUAGGGAAAUCUGAAGGUUAUAAAAGGGACUAAAACUCAGCAGUCCAUAGGAGGACAGGGAAAUAAGAGGGAAAGCUGAAUUCAAUCUUAAAUUUAAAUUUUCCUUUAAGGAUAGAGAUGGUACAAGUGAACUUUGCUAAUUAAGUAGUUUUGUGAGAUUAAAAAAACCUACUCUUAAGUUUACGUAGUAUUUAUGUAACAAAAGUGGCUUUGUGCAGUUAUUAUUUAAAGAAUAACUUAAAUUUUUUGGAUCUGGAUUAAACAUUCUUUACUUUCUCAGACUUGAAAGCUGAUAUCCCUAUUAAUAAUUAACUAAAAAUAUACAUUAUUUUAGUUAUAUAGGAAUGUUUUAAUGUAUCACUUUGAAGCCAGAUUUCUAAAAAAUCUGUUUAUGCAAACAACCUAUCUUUCCUUCUAGGUUCACUCAGUGUACCUCUGUUAAAAUAAUUUGGAUUUUAACUUUAAAGCCAGUGUUGAUUUAUAAAAUCCUUUGAAAUUUUAAAUCUAUGACUAUCUCCCAAGAAAAAACAUACAAUCUUAUAGUUCAUUUCAUUCUAGUUGAGCAUCCUCAUUUACAAGUAAGGAAUGCCCAGAAGUAAUAUGCCUGGCACCGUGUGGUGGCAGUAGCAGACUCAGGCUUACCUAGAACCUUAGCCUAUUAUGCUGCAGGAUUGCUAAAGGGGUAGGCAGUGAUAGAAAUUAUAUAGGAUAAACAGAGAAAGAAUGAGAGAAGCAAAAUAACAUUUUAGGAAACAAGGAAACAAUUGCUUUACUGUACACAUGAAUAACAAGAAGAAAUGGUAUGGGGAAUAUGUGACUAAAUUAAGCAUAUUUUAACUUUCUUAUGACUUGAAGAACAAAGGCCUAAAGAGCUAAAAUCCUAAAAAAAGGUUCUCACAGUAAUAUAUAACAUAGGAAAUAUUAGUGUAACAUCUUUAUAUAAUACACUGUUAGAAAUAACUUUUAAGUGUAAAGUUGUGCGUGUCUGUGGCUCUUAAACUUGAAGAGUAUCAUGUAUAAAUUGGACCCUGCCCUAUGUUAUAUAUUAAAAUCAAACCAAAACCAAAAAAAAAAAAACAACCUGUACAGUUAGAAUUGACUUACUUCCUUAAAAAUUCAGAGUAAUAAACGGUGACAACAGUAGUAAAUCAAAAAUAGUCAAGCACAUAGUGUCCAAGCAUAGUUCAUCUUCUCAAAUUACUAAGAAUAUAUUAAUUCCACUUUGUUGAGUUUGGAAACUUCUCUUCUGCAGAUACCUAAGAAAAAUGGAUACCUUCUGCAUUGAAUCCAUGUAGCAAUCUGAAAAAAGAAACCAAAAUGGGAUGAUAUUGAAAUGCUAGUUUGUAGCAAGUAACAGUGCAUACAUAGUCCCUAUACCAUGAAUUCUAAAACACAAAUACAUCAGCAAACCUGUGAAGCCCACCCACUCCUAACACUAGUCAUUAAAGAAACUUUAUUCUUCAACUAAAUUUAUGAGAUGUAUAUUGGUUAAAACCACAUCAUUUUGGUGCCUCUUCUGUCAUAGCCUGUAUGUCUUAAGGCAUGAUGAAUUUAACUAAAAUGAUCUUAGACCUACACUAUCCCUGGCCUAAGAGGACACUGGCCCUUUUUUCCAUUUCAACCUGGUAAGUGAAUGUGAAGCUGUCUGGAAUUAGAGGCAGGAGAAAGAUGAAUGGCUAAUCUCAUGUGUCCAUUCUUCCUCUCUGAGCUCACUGUUACUGAGGUUCAAAUUAAAUACUCACUGCUUCUCUCUGGAUACCUGUGUACUUAUUAGAUCCUAGUUAGCAAACUGCAUGUUUAGUAACCUUGAAGAAGAUUAAUAAGAAUGAAGGAAAAUAAGAUGAAAUAUUUCUACUUAGACCUGCCUGAGAUUAUUUUCAGAAUGGCCCCAUAAGAACCAUCGAGAUGGUUUAAGAUAUCUGAAAAAGGAAGAUGGGUACUUAUGAAUAAUGUUCAACUCCUAGGAUUAACAUCUAAUAAAGACUCAGUAGUACUGCUAGCCUGCCAAUAAAAUAUAAGCGCCAUUUGUCUCAGUUACAUACAACUGUGUUUCUAGCAUAGAAAAGUCAAACCAAUGACUUUUAUAACAAUCUACCCUCUUUUUUAUCAGCCUCUAGACCAUGGAAGCUUUAAAAAUGAAUUGGAUAAACAGGAAAAAAAUUAUGGUUUAUUAGUUAGGAAAUCAGAGUGUUAGUGAUUAAAAACAAUGAAUACAGGUUAAUAAUUACCUGGGUAAUUUGACGCCUUACUCUGCUUUCCUAAGACUUACUUGCUUAAUCCAAGGAGAACAAAUUUCGGUCUAUAUUGCCCAGUUAAUUAUGCCUCAGUCCACAAAAUAAGUUACUGAACCAGUUAGAAAUGAUAACCAGAUAUGAUUGUAACUAAUAUUAUUUCAUACGUAAAAGCUAUUCUCAAUAAAGAAAAAAGACCCAACUGUAUAUAUUAUGAUUCUUUUACCUUACAGGCUACUUUGAAGAGACAAACUGUUAAGACUAACUAUGAAUGGGAGUUGGGGGAGGGGGCUGGAGGGGAGGAGCACGCACACCACCACACACAUGGCCACAGAGGUUACUCCAGGCUCGGACUGUUCUUCACCACUGUUCUUACAGGAAGUGUUCAUUCUGCUGCAGCUAACUAGCCUCCGUCUUCUACACCAAAUACUAUUCCAUACCAUGGAAGUGCUAUGCAAUAACUCCCAGGUAGCAGCACCUUAUACCACUUAAAAGCCUUUAAAUUUCUACAUCUGAAGGUGUCACAGUAAAGAUAUGUAAAAAUGUAGGAAAAAGAAAAUGUAGUUACCUAAUGAAAUCAUCUAUGUCCAUGGAACGGGCCCGCUUGUCACUAAAACCUGUGCUGGUUAGGAUUUGCUGUAUUUUAUCUGCUAUGCUGAAAUCUUCUGGUAUUAUCUAUCAAUAUAAGAUUCAGAAUAAAUGAACAACAUAUCUUUAAUGAA